CAUCAGCUUGUCGAAAAACACAACCAAGAGUUGACCUGCUUGAUAAUCCGAAGAGGAAAAGCACUGCAGAUGACUUUUUAGGACUCAAUAUUCACACUGUAAAUUCAUCUUUUCCAAAAUAACUCAAUGAUUGAUUUACUCACAAAGGAUGAACUUAAGUAUGAAAAGAAGAAAUUAUUCAGAAGCAAAUUCACUUUUGGAGCCUGAAAUAUGGACAAGCCUGAAUUUUUGAUAGAUAAGGGCAAACUACUUAAGAAAAUCGAAAAAUCUGCUCCUCUCGAUAGUGACUGGGUUCGAUAUAUUUAUAGGAAAAUGAAUGCUCUAAACCAACAUUAUGAGGAGAAAUUCUGAUGGACUCCUCAACUGACUAAGUUUCUCUCUAAAAAUGCUCUGAGAUUCAUGAAGGAGAGGGCAAAAAUAGCUGAGCAUUUUGGAAGCUCAACAAAGAGACCUCGGAAUCAAAGGGAAGGCACUACUUCUCAAUGGAAAGGCCUUGAUACGACUCCUUCGAAUGUAGUGAGGUUUACCUUCCUUAAGCAGCAAUUAAAAUCUAAAGAACACCCUAUCAACCAGCUUAUUGACGAAUUUCAUAAUUGGAGUGAGAAGAAGUACUAUUUCCUAACAGAAUCUUCUGUUGAGCAAGAAGAUGUAGACCAAGUUAAGGAUGAAAUUAUCAGAAAUACACAGCAAUUUAUAGCAUUAAUGUUCCUGACCACCAUUAAGUUCUACCAGCUUACUAUGAAAGAUAACGAAAAUAAUAGGGAUAUCUUACUCGAGAUUCUCACUGGACUUGUUGUCAGGAAAGAUCUCUACUUGUGCAUCUCCAAGACAAUCACCUACUGUAAGAGUGCGGAGAUAGACAUUCUCGAGAGAAAAAUGAGUAUGGAAGAAAAUGUCGAUUUUGAUAAGAGCGAGUACAUCGCAGGAAUUUCAGACAUCUUCUCUUUCAGUGGCUCUAGGAAGUACAAUAAAAUGCUUCAUAUGAAGUCAGAACUGCCUGAUACUUUAUACCAGGAUACUGAGUCACAGCUGAAGGAGGAGAAGACAAGUGGGAAGUAUGCAAAAUGAAGCAAAAUGAUCCGUAAACUUGCAGACAUCGAAAACCCCUCCUCCAAAAUCCAGCUCUUAAUGCGUGUAACCGAUCAAAUAAAACAGGAAAUCGACGACUAUUGGGAAGGAAUCUCGUUGGAUAUCGACGACAAACGUAUCGAUGCAGACAAUAUGGAGAAAUUAAUGGGGUACAUCAUUAUCAAGUCAGGCUACCAACAAAUCGUUGUUGACCUCACCAUGAUCGACUAUUUUUCAGGAGAACAUCUUGACUCCUGAAUUAGUGGCUUCAUCUAUGUCUGAAUUAGUAACUCAGUACAGCAAAUUGUGAGAGACAGUUUCUUGUCUGAUGAUAAAGAUUUUGAACGGAAGACACCUUGUUUCGUUAACAAAAAGAGCCAAAAUGAAUUCACAAUGAUGGCAAAGAACGAAGAGGAGCUACCUCCGCCUGACUUCACUUCCUCGUGUAAAAAACUGCUUCCUGAUGCUUGUGAAGAAAAAGACAUCGAUCCCUUCGUUAUUGAAGACAAUUAAAAUUUUCCGAUAUUAAGAGGUGAAACGAUCAUCUCAUCUCAGGAUACCAGUUUUUCGGUGAAUUAGUUGAUUCUACCAUUUAAUUAUAUUAUCUUGGUGAAAAGACACAAAGGAUUUUCAGCCACAUCAUCAUAAAAUUUCAGUGACCGGACAAAGAGAAACUACAUAUUGAGUCUCAGGCUUUACAGUUAGCUUCUUAGCCCUUGUAGGUUUUAGAAGUCUCUAGAGCCUCUUUUAUUAAUCCAGUCAAGCACAGAUUUUAAGUUUAAAAUCUUUGCUUUCUAUGAAUGAACGUAAAUGGAAGAGGCUUAAGUCUAAGUACUCUAAUGUGGACAUCUCAGAGCUAUUGGAACUUCAAAGGAAAGAGUCGACUAAUUUU